AUGCCGUUCACCCAAGAGCAGAUCGAGCAAGAGCAAACCCACUUUGCGAACGUCAUCACGACUUUCCAGCAAUACGCACCUAACGCGCUGAACGCGAACAACAAGCGCAGAAAAGACUUUCAUACUCUCCCGAUUGCAGACAGGGAGCUUCUCACCUCCCUCGGGUACAAGGACCGAAUAUCUGCCGUCGACCAUGCCAUUUUCGUGAAUGCCGAAUUUCUGAACCGUGUCAUCGCGAGCCCUGAUAUCUUCAGCGGCGGAGGGCCGGACGAAGACGAGGACGAUCCGGAGAUGAAGGGCAACGAUCAAGACGACUCUGACGACGACGAUCCCGGCCAUGGGUCGGGUCCCGCAGGCCGUGGAAAGAGCCAUUCACACUCUCACUCUCACUCUCAUGGCCAUGGUGCUCACCCUCAUGCUCAUGGCUCACAUGACCACAGUCAUGAAUCGCCGUCUGGAGGGGACGGCAGUCAGACGCAGCAACGCAAAUAUCGGCCCACAGAACAUGACAUGGACAAAUUGCGCAGUACGCUCAAGCAGCUCGUCCGCGAUUGGAGCAUGGAGGGAAAGGCGGAGCGCGACCUAUGCUACGAACCCAUAAAAGAAGCUCUAAUCCAACACUUUUCCGACAUCCCGCAGGAAGAGAGGAGAAACUUCCGAGUGCUCGUACCCGGCGCAGGACUCGGCCGACUAGCUUGGGACGUAGCCAAGCUCGGAUUUGCGUGCCAGGGCAACGAGUUCUCCCAUUACAUGCUCCUGGCCUCGUUCUCCAUGCUGAACAGGACCGAUGCCAUCCACAAACACACCAUCUACCCAUACGUCCACUCUUUUUCCAACAACCCGAACACCGAUGCCCUGCUCCGUCCUAUCCUCAUCCCAGAUGUUUUGCCGUCCUCCUUGCCUGAGGGAGCGGACUUUUCUCUGGUUGCAGGUGAUUUUGAGGAGAUCUACGGCGGUUCCGACAACCUCGACGAAGGCGAUCCCUCAGUAGGGCAAUGGGAUGCAGUAUUAACGUGCUUCUUCAUCGACACUGCGAAAAACAUCGUGGAUUACCUCCGGGUCAUCCACCGCAUCCUCGCCCCCGGCGGCGUGUGGAUCAACCUAGGCCCGCUGCUCUGGCACUGGGAAGGAAACACGACGAACGACCCCUCGGUAGAGCUCACGCUGGACGAAGUCAAGGCCCUCGCGCGCAAAAUCGGGUUUAAGAUAUCCAACGAACGGACUAUCGAUACGACGUACACAAACAAUGCCCAGAGCAUGCUUGGCUAUGUGUACCACGCUGCCUUCUGGACGGCGACCAAGGUCGUUUAG